ACCGACACGGACUGACGCUAGCUAUCUACGGCAGCGCCAUGGAUGGACCUGAAGAGAAAGAUUCCUGUUCCACUGCGACACCUGCGGUCAGCACGCGUUCAAAGAAAAACAAAAAGCAGCGACUGGAUAACGUUAACACUAAACCAACGCUGUCAACAGAGAAACGUGAUGAUACUUCUUCUGGCCUUGCCCCUACUGCAACUGUGCUUCUUAAUAAGGAGAGACAGGAAGUUGCUUUUCUUAAGGAGAAGCUGGAGUGGCAAAAGAUGAGAAUUGAAGAACUGGAAGGAGAGAGGGAUUUCCUCCGAAGUCAGCUAUCAUCUCUGUCAACGCAACCUAAAGACGAACCAUUAAAUGAUACGUUUAUCAACAAUCCUUCUGAAAACUUGGAUUCAUCUUCCACAUCUUCAUCUGCAUCAUCUGAGUGCUCAUCCUCAUCCUCAUCUUCACCCCCAAAGAAGCAAAAGCGCAAAUUCAAAAACAAGCAUUCAAAAGCCAAGAAAUACAAGAAGGAGGAAAAGAAGUUCCGGCAGCGUGUCCGAACACCAAGUGAGAUUGUGCAGAGAUACAAGUCCCUCCUCAAGACAUUUCCAAAGAUGAAGACCUUGUCCAAAGCUUUUCAGAAGCAUGGGAUUGACAGAAACACAGUUGUGUCCACGGCAUCAGUUGCUGAGCUCGCUAUCGCAGCUCCUCUUGUUUACCAGGAGCUGAUCUCCAACAAGCCCAGUGGAGAGACGGUACUCCAUUUUGCUAAGCGAUGUGAGGAAGAGAUUCAAAGCAAUGAUGAAGUGAAAAACAAAAUAGAAAGCAUGAAGGCUGAUGGAUCUUUGCUUCCAAUUCGAAGAGGCAAGUCUGUCUGAAAGCCUACUCAGUUAUCUGACUUGUUCUGUUUCAGCAUAUUUAGCUAUAGAACAGAUGUGUGUGAAACUGGUAAUUUUUUAACGAUCUGUUCAGUUAUGUGUUCAGUUUCCACACAACAAAGAUUUUUCUUGUCAUUUUUGUUUAGAAGGUUUUGUGUGUCCUAAGUGUAACCAAAACAACUGCACAUGUUAAGAUAGAGUAUUGUCUAAUGUUAUAAGGCAGCUUGUUAUACUUUUCAUAGUAAGGCCCCUAGUCUUCAAAAAGU